GUCACGAUUAACGUAGUUUCCGGUCGCUUCUAUCUCUUUCCGGAAAGCGUGGAAAACGUGCUCCAGGUUUUAGGUUAAUACCAGAUACCAGAUAGUAAUAUUGCAACAUGCCACGCGAAAUUAAGGAGAUCAAGGAUUUUCUCCUCAAAGCCAGAAGGAAAGAUGCAAAGUCUGUAAAAAUUAAGAAGAAUGCGGACAAUGUAAAGUUCAAAGUUCGUUGCUCGAGAUUUUUAUACACUCUUGUGAUUACAGACAAAGAGAAAGCUGAGAAGCUCAAGCAAUCUCUUCCACCAGGUCUACAAGUCAAGGAAGUAAAGAGGAGCGAACGUGUAUAAAUUAUGACGAAAUAAAUUCUGAUUAAAUAAAUACAUUGUCUUACAUUUUCCUUCUUAUACUUGAAUGUUUAUUACAUAUAAGUGAUUUGUUCACAGUAAUAAAAUUAGUGAUUUCUUAUAAGGUCUAAUAACUUACGAAAUAUAUGUAUAUUCUCUAUA